AUGAGCGGCCGAGUCGGAGACCUGAGCCCCAAGCAGGCAGAGACCCUGGCCAAGUUCCGAGAAAAUGUCCAGGACGUGUUGCCUGCCCUGCCCAACCCUGAUGACUACUUCCUUCUGCGCUGGCUCCGAGCUCGGAAUUUCGACCUGCAGAAAUCGGAGGCUAUGCUCCGCAAGUACAUGGAGUUCCGGAAGAACAUGGACAUUGACCACAUCCUUGAUUGGCAGCCCCCGGAGGUGAUCCAGAAGUACAUGCCUGGCGGCCUGUGUGGCUAUGACCGUGACGGCUGCCCUGUGUGGUACGACAUCAUAGGGCCACUUGACCCCAAGGGCCUGCUCUUCUCGGUCACCAAGCAGGACCUGCUCAAGACCAAGAUGAGGGACUGCGAGCGCAUCCUGCACGAGUGUGACCUGCAGACAGAGCGGCUGGGGAGGAAGAUUGAGACCAUCGUGAUGAUAUUUGACUGCGAGGGCCUGGGACUGAAGCACUUCUGGAAACCUGUGGUGGAAGUAUACCAGGAGUUCUUUGGCCUCCUUGAAGAGAAUUAUCCAGAGACCCUGAAGUUCAUGCUCAUUGUGAAAGCCACCAAACUGUUCCCUGUGGGCUACAACCUCAUGAAGCCCUUCCUGAGUGAGGACACUCGCAGAAAAAUUGUAGUCUUGGGAAACAACUGGAAGGAAGGUUUGCUGAAACUCAUCAGUCCUGAGGAACUGCCUGCCCAGUUUGGGGGAACCUUGACUGACCCAGACGGGAACCCCAAAUGUUUAACUAAGAUCAACUACGGUGGGGAGAUCCCCAAGUCCAUGUACGUGCGGGACCAGGUGAAGACUCAGUAUGAGCACUCCGUGCAGAUCAGCCGCGGCUCCUCACACCAGGUGGAGUACGAGAUCCUGUUCCCAGGUUGUGUCCUCAGGUGGCAGUUCUCAUCUGACGGUGCCGACAUCGGCUUCGGGGUUUUCCUGAAGACCAAGAUAGGGGAGCGGCAGCGGGCGGGGGAGAUGACAGAGGUGCUGCCCAGCCAGCGCUACAACGCCCACAUGGUACCCGAGGAUGGGAGCCUCACCUGCGCGGAAGCUGGCAUCUAUGUCCUGCGCUUUGACAACACCUACAGCUUUGUCCACGCCAAGAAGGUCAGCUUCACAGUGGAGGUGCUGCUCCCGGACGAGGGCAUGCAGAAAUACGACAAGGAGCUCACCCCUGUCUAG